AGUAUCGUCAUCCUGGCCGUUUUUUUCAUUCUGUCCCUUUUUUCUUCACUGGAUUCUACACACACAGAAAGUGAAACGAAAAACGGCAUACAGUCGGCGACCUAUGUCCAGUUCAGAUAUCAGUUGAAACAAGCUCGUUCGCGUACAUCAUCUUGCACAAGAUUGUGAUCCCGACGACACCAAAAUAAUUCGAGAAUGAAGUCAUUAUUGGUUACGACUGUUUUAUUCAGUUUGGUGAUGAUUGGUACCAGUCAGCCGAUCGAAGAGGCGUCCGCAGUUCCUAAUGCUGACGUCACGGCUGGCCUUGAGUCCAGCGAUGAUUCCGCAUUUGCCGAUAUGGAGGGCAGCGAGUCCAGCCUAAAGGUCAUCGAACACAAGUUGGAGCAUUGGCUAAAGAAAUACUACAAAAAGACGGACAAAAAGAACGACGGCAAUGGUUUCGGUGGAUACCCCGUAUUCCCAAUUCCCAUUAGCUACCCAUCGUAUCCGCUUAUUGGCUACCCACUCACAUACGGGUACGGACUGGGCGGAAUGAACGGAUUAAAUUUGGGACUGGGCGGAUUCGGAGCAGGAUUAGGUGGAUAUGGCACGGGACUUGGAUUAGGGGGAUAUGGCACGGGAUUAGGGUACGGAUACGGAACAGGUUUAGGGUAUGGAGGAUUAGGAGGAUUUGGUUACCGAAGAUAAAUCUCUCAAUUCCUAACUAUUGCAUUGUACUAUAACUCUAUUAUAUUGUAUUAUGAAUUAUUAUUAUUCGUCCAUCCAUGUACAUUAAAGUUCUAUUCGCAAAUAUACAAAUGUUAUUCGAUA